GGUGGAGGUAUUGGCAUAGCCUGCCAUGGUGACAACUCAAUAAGGAUUCCCAACCUCAUGAACCGAUCUUCUUCACUUAGAAUUAUAUGUAGUCACUCAUAACAUUUAAUUUCUUCAGUGGUAGUUUCAUUCUUUGUGCAAUGGAAUUCAACAACCACGUGGACUUUCAUGCAGUACAAGGUGGGGAUAACUGAUGUGUAGCAGCUUAUGGGAUGAAUUAGAGUGGGUUUCGAAAGCAAAAGUUGGUAAAACCACUGUGUUAUGCAGUUCGUUACGUUAUCAAAGUUUUUCACAUGUUUCGACUAUAGAUUGGUAAUGUUACUAACUGCAUGUAAACGAUAUUUAUAUCGGAUGAUUUUAUUGUAUUUUUUACAGGAAAUUAAAAUGUCCCAAACCGGCAAAACGCGUUUCGAAGAAGGAUGGGAUCUUGAGGGUGGUGAGAUGCGAUUGGCCGAGGACUUCGAAGUUAUUGACUUACACGACUUCGAUCCUAACUGUAGUCAGCACAUGGAGAUGGAUGAAUCAUCAUACCUGUCAUCUUUUUUAAAUGGUCUUGUAACUGAUGAAACCCUUUAUUCACGAUAUUUAAAUGGAGUCAUUAGUUUCGAUGAUCUGAUGCGUGAAAUGCACCAUUCUGUUAAUGUGGAAGAUGACUGCUCACGAAGUAGUGACUCAGACUCUUCAAGCAAAAACAAUGAUCCAGAAUAUACGCCUCGUCUCAGACGAUCAACACAACGGCAAAAUUCUGAUGCAAUGGGAAAGAAAAGAGUGAGGACGAGAGGAUCACUAAUUGCAAAGCGUGCUCGGUUGCCUAUUGAGUUAGCGCAGUAUCUUGGAGAAGCCGAAAGACAUCUAAACAACGAUGAGUUUGAUCACGCUGAGCGUAUUUGUUAUGAGAUCAUUGAUACAGCUUCUCACGCAUCUCAACCUUACAUUGUUCUGGCUGAAAUUAGUUUUCGUCGCGGAGACCAGGAAAAAGCUAAAGCAUUCUUAUAUGAAGCUGCUCAAAGAAACCCAUCUGAUAGAAAUACUUGGCUUACACUUUCUGAUUGGGCUGAAGAAGCUGGUGAUUUUCCGUCAGCAAUACAUUACGCACGUCAGGCUCUUAAAAGGGAUCGAGCCGAUACAUCCUUGCGUCAGCGCCUAAUCGAUCUAUGUCAAACUGCUGGUCGAAGUAAAGAAGCGUUGCUGUUGCGCUUGGAUGCUCUUACAUUUACUCCAGAAAAUACCGGUGAAGAACAAUUUGAAGUCGCCCGAGAGCUAGCUGAUCAAUUUUUCAAACUACUGGAUCCGGGCAAUUCUGCGAAAGCAUACGAAAAUGCCUUUGAACAAUAUCCUAAUCAUGGAACUGAUAGUGAUAGAAAUUCUGCCCUGUCAAUUAUGUUUCAAAUGAAACGUUAUGAGCAAGCACUUAAGUUUUUCACUAAUUUCUGUGGUGUUAAAUUGUAUUUAAAAUCCGGAGAUGUAUUCGAUGCGAUCAAACACUCAUCCCAGUUGACAUCGACUGAAAAGUUUGACAGGUGUGAGUUUCCUGAUAAUAUGGCGCUUGAAUUAAAGUUGAAAUUGUUUCUUAUUCUGUCCUAUGUUCAGUCUCUUUAUACAAAUGAAAUUAUAACAAAAUACUCUAAGUGGCUUAUAGAUAUAAUCGUUGCUUAUAAAGAGAAAAACCAGUACUUCUUAGUGAUUCAGUUACUCCUUAGGCUAACGAAAUCAACUACCACAUGUAAGAUGGUACAAGUUUGGACGUUACUUGCUGAAUCUUAUUUGGAAGCUGGAAAAACAGCGGAUGCUAUCAAAGCAUAUCGUCAUGUGACAGAAAAUCUCGACCCUCGACAUACAGGUGCACGUUUAGGUCUUGUGAAUCUUCUUAGACGUCUUGGAAGACACCAAGAGGCUUUAAAGAUUCUAAAUCCUUCGAAUUUAAUACAGAAAGGUGUUAGGCAUGAAAUAUCUUUAUCUGAACAGUGUGAUUUAAUUUUGCAAAAAAGAGAAAAGUCACCUUUGAAAUCCGCUCAAAAGUCAACAUAUAAAUCAACAAAUUCUACUCAAAUGCAACACACCUCAGUUGGGGAUGACGUGGAAAGUGAUGACGGUUCUGUUGAAAAUGUUGAUCUUGGUAAUGACUGGUUUGAUGCAUCUGCAAAUCUUGUUUCUCGUGAUCAUGUAGCAUACAGAUUAGCAUAUGAACGUUGUCGAAUGCUUGAUACACCAGAAACUGUGGAUUCAUUUUUGGAAGAGGCUUGGGCUUUAUUGUUCAGUGAUGUAACGCGUGUUUGUGGACUUCGGUUUACUCAGCUUGCCCUAAUUCUUGACAGUGAACAACAUCGUAAAUUAGUAACAGACCGGUUGGCGUCAGUUGCACCUGCAUUGACUGAUACACUAUCCGAUCAGUUAAAUGCUGAGCUUGAUGUGUUGCGUGCUCGUCUGCCGAAAUCAUUACCUCAAUUAGAAACAGCCACCGCUUGGGCUUCUUUACUACCCCAUGUCCAAGGGAAUGAUUUACGUCGGUUGGCUGCAAGUCAUCUUUUAAUUAGUUCAUCACUCAUUGCACGUCAUGGGACACCAGCAUUUUUAGAACUGAGGAAAAUACAGAAACAAUGGAGUGAAUAUAACCAGUACUGGAAUGUGAUGAAUCUAGCAAUUACUCUUUCGCGUGAUUUUAAACACUGUCGUUUUCUGGAUCGUUUAGUUACAAAGCUAUUGGUUUUCGUGGACAGUUUAAAUCUAGCUAUUGGUACCAUUGCCAGUAGUGAUACUUUGGUUCGUGGUUCAUAUCGUUAUGCUAUCGCUCGGCUCAUAAUAUGA